AGGAUUCCGGACAACGCCUGGUUCCUCUCGGGUCCUUCCGGCGUCGCCGGAGUGAAUUGAUCCGGGAGUUGAAGAGGGCUCCAAAGGUGGGAAGUGAAGUCAGUGCCUCAUUUGCCGGUCUGUGUAUGUUUUGUGCCCAGCUGUUUUAUAACACACAAAAAGAGAAGAAAUUUGCAGUGAAUGAAGAUUCCUCUGCAUUUUAGCAUUGCUUUUUCUACUGUAGUUGGUUUUUGAAUGAGGAUGACAAUGGAAGAGAUGAAGAAUGAAGCUGAGACCACUUCUAUGGUUUCUAUGCCCCUCUACGCAGUUAUGUAUCCUGUGUUCAAUGAGCUAGAAAGAGUAAAUUUGUCUGCAGCUCAGACACUGAGAGCUGCUUUCAUUAAGGCUGAAAAAGAAAAUCCAGGUCUCACACAAGACAUCAUUAUGAAAAUUUUAGAGAAAAAAAGUGUAGAAGUUAAUUUCACGGAGUCCCUUCUUCGAAUGGCAGCUGAUGAUGUAGAAGAGUAUAUGAUUGAACGACCAGAGCCAGAAUUCCAGGACCUAAAUGAAAAGGCACGAGCACUUAAACAGAUUCUCAGUAAAAUCCCAGAUGAGAUCAAUGACAGAGUGAGGUUUCUGCAGACAAUCAAGGAUAUAGCUAGUGCAAUAAAAGAACUUCUUGAUACAGUGAAUAAUGUCUUCAAGAAAUAUCAAUACCAGAACCGCAGGGCACUUGAACACCAAAAGAAAGAAUUUGUAAAGUACUCGAAAAGUUUCAGUGAUACUCUGAAAACAUAUUUUAAAGAUGGCAAGGCAAUAAAUGUGUUCAUAAGUGCCAACCGACUAAUUCAUCAAACCAACUUGAUACUUCAGACCUUCAAAACUGUGGCCUGAAAGUUGUAUAUGUUAAGAGAUGUACUUCUCAGUGGCAGUAUUAAACUGCCUUUAUCUGUAAAUUUUAAAGUUUGACUGUAUAAAUUAUCAGUCCCUCCUGAAGGGAUCUAAUCCAGGAUGUUGAAUGGGAUUAUUGCCAUCUUACACCAUAUUUUUGUAAAAUGUAGCUUAAUCAUAAUCUCACACUGAAGAUUUUGCAUCACUUUUGCUAUUAUCAUUCUUUUAAGAAUUAUAAGCCAAAAGAAUUUACGCCUUAAUGUGUCAUUAUAUAACAUUCCUUAAAAGAAUUGUAAAUAUUGGUGUUUGUUUCUGACAUUUUAACUUGAAAGCGAUAUGCUGCAAGAUAAUGUAUUUAACAAUAUUUGGUGGCAAAUAUUCAAUAAAUAGUUUACAUCUGUUAAACAUUUCUUUACUUGAAAAAAGAUGCAUAUAUAUAUGUGUGUGUAUAUAUAUGAUCAGAAGACCAAGACAACUUGGUAUAAUAUCUAAAGAACUUCUAAUGGGAACUUACUAGCAGUUUAUCAAAUAGUAAAGCAACAAGAAUUCCUAUUUUUUGUCCUUAAUCACUUUGGGCAAAAAGUAGUCAACAGAAAUAUUUUUGUUAUUACAUAGGGGGUACUGAAUAUUUUUCCAUUAUUUCCAGUCUGUUUUAAGAGACUUCUGAGAAAGAGAGAGCAGUUUAUAGUGUCUUCACACUAUAAUGCCACUUUUGGAACCAUGUAACAUUGUAGAUUUUACUCUGAGAAAUUAAGUAUUUCUGGUAUGCUGGGCCCUAGUAAGCUUUGCACAUCUCUUUUUCAAAAAUAGCCACAAUUAAUAGUAAUUUAAAGUUAUACCAAUAGUUGGUUUGAAAUUGUCUUGAGUGUUACUAUUAUAUACACUCUUUAAAUAUGUACAAUUUUGUUUCACCAUAGAGAAGUUUUAAGGAAAUUAUGUAUUAAGUAUUCAUGUUACGUGAUUUCAUUUUUCAAUUAUAAAAUAAAGGAAAAAAUCAGAAUUUGUUUAUCUUUUAUAAAGAUAUUAAACUAAAUUCCUGUUGACAAUAUAAUUUUUUGCUAUAAUGCAGUUGUUAUUUUUUGCUCCAUUUUUUCAAAAUGGAUUUUUAAAGACUUAUUAUCAUUGACCACAUAAAAGUAAAUCAUCUUGUUAAAUAGAAACAAGAAAUAUGUGGGAAGAAGCAAAAACCUCGAUAGAUAUUGGAUGAGAUAUCAUAAUUUAUGAACAUUUUACUUGAUUUUUCUUCAAGGAUACAUCGCCAGUAAGACAAAUAGAAUUGGUGACUUUACUAUUUAUUUUGGGCAUAAAGUAUCAUUCACUCUUAGAAAAAAAAUAAAUGAUUAUUUGCAGAACAGACUUGUGAAUAUAUGAAGAAAGAAGAGUUUUAUUUGGAACAUGCUUUUCUUACAUAAACCAAAUACUGUCAUUCCUCCUGUUUUAUUUUCUUAACAGAACUUGGCAGUUACCAGGCAUGUCCCAAAUCACUUGUUUUAUAAGCACUCUUUCUCUUUUAUUGCCGACCAUCUCUGGCCUUCUGUUUUCAUGAACUAUGCCCCCAGAAAGGGGGCUAAUUUUCAGAACGUCUUUAUUUGGAGAUUUUGCUGUUUGGGAUGUUUAAAAUACUCCUUCCCAAUACUUAASAACAUGAGUUUGUUUUUUUGUUUAGUUUUUUAAGAUUAUAUAUUAAUAAUAAUCAGGACAUGUGGCUGGCAAACUAAUGUAAGCCCUUUAUAAUUUUUUUAACUAUWUAUGGAAAUAAUUUCCAAUUUACA